GGGAGUGUGAAGUGAGGGGAAAGGCAUCAAACAAAUAAUGUGGACCCUUCCCCACUCCACUCAUACUAUUGAGACAAAGUAACACCCACCCCCUUGUCCCUUGAUCAUUUCGGCCAAACACCCACCCAGCAAGAGCAAGGAAACCCUCCACCUUCCCUCUCCAUUGUUGAAGAAAGCUCCAACAAGAAGGAAGCUCUAGGAAAAGGUUUAAGUUCCAAAAGUGUACAAAACUUGAGGAAAGACUAGGAACUUGACUUAGAGUACCUUUGAGCUUCGCCGGAGUUUCGUCGGAGUUGGUCAAAGUUUGCCGGAGUUGGUCAAAGUUAGUCAAAGUUCAACCGGGAAGCGUAGAACGCGCUUAAACUCGCUUAAGUUUCAGGUAGGAGCUGAGCUUGCUACCAGUGCCCGUUGCUCCGGGAGAAUUCGAGGAAGGAAGACGUGGUUCGUGCUUCCUCCGUUCCUGUUUUAAAAACAUUUAAAUUAAUGCUCAUAGAUAUUAUAUUUUGAAUAAUCAUUUGGGGGCUUGUAUGCCCAUGUUUGCCAAAGUGUGGCACGAACACUCGUAUUAAACGUUUCCGCUAUUUUGAAUGAAUACUUUACAUUAUGUUUGUUUAUGGAUGUACUAUGUGUGAAUGAUAUCCCAGACGCCUUGUAUAGUAUGAAUGUGUUGGACUGCGGUUGACUAUUCGUACUGUACGGCGGAUUAUUGACGUGUCCGGAUAGGUCCGGGGCGUGACAUUGACAAUACACAAGAAGAAGCGGAUCCCGCACUCAGAGAAAAAAGGAAAAAGGAUGCAAAGGCCCUUUAUCUCAUUCAACAAGCUUUGGAUGAUGAAAUCUUUCCCAGAAUUGCAGCAGCUUCAACUUCUAAACAAGCGUGGGACAUUCUAAAACAAGAAUACCUUGGAGAUAAGAGAGUAAUCAUGGUCAGAUUACAAUCUCUUAGGAGGGAGUUUGAAGCAAUCAAGAUGAAGGACAAGGAGUCAGUUCAAGACUACAUUUCUAGACUUACAUCAAUUGUUCAGCAGAUGAAAACCUAUGGUGAAGAGGUAACCUCUAAACAGGCUGUGAGUAAAGUUAUGAGAAGUCUCACCUCAAAGUAUAGCCAAUUAGUAACAGCUAUUGAAGAAGCUAAGAAUAUGGAGACUUAUACCUUUGAAGAACUGAAAGGCUCUCUUCAAGCCUUUGAUGAAAGGCAGACUAGCAUGGAAGAGUCUAGUGAAGAAAAAGUAUUCCAAGCCAAAGGAGAAGCCCCACGAGAUAAUCCAUUUGGUGGACAAGGAAGAGGAAGAGGAGGCUUUAGAGGUGGUUACAGAGGCAGAGGUAGAGGAUGUUAGAGAUAUUUUCAUUAUAUUGUGAUCAAUGUUAUUUAGACUUUUUGUAAUAGUUUAUUUAACCAUAGAAUAGGCUUUAUUUGGUAAAGGCUCUUUUGCCUAAAUAGGAAUGGG